GGUUGAUGACGCGCCCAGUUUAAAGUAAACGAAGAAGAAGUGUCUCAGGGUGAUAGUCAACAUGGCGUUCAGUUUUGGCGGCGCUGCGAGCAACCCAGCGGCAGCUCUCACAGCCCCUGGUUUUGGGGUAACCACCACUACUGCGGCUGCACCGGCCACAGGAUUUAGUUUUGGCUCCACCAACUCUGGAUUUGGGGGGCUGGGAGCUGGAAACAUCACGGCUGGUGGGUUUAGUUUUGGGGGGUUUGGUUUAAAUGCCAACCCAGCAGCAGUCAGCUUUAAUGUGGGAUGCUUUGGUACAGCAACCACUUCUGGCACUGUUUUCAAUUUUGGUAAUAGCCUGGCUAGCACAGGUGCGUUUGGUGGCUUUGGGACGACAGCAACAACUGCCAACGCUACUGGGUCGACCUUUAGCUUUGCAGCUCCUUCCAGUACGACAGGAGGCCUGUUUGGUACCACUCAGAACAAAGGCUUUGGGUUCUCGUCUGGCCUCGGCGCUGGGACUACUGCUGGGGCAACAGGAUUUGGAGCUGGAUUAGGAACAACUGGCCUGGGUGGGUUUGGAUGCUUUAAUAUCCAGCCAACUCAGCAGCAAGGAGGCUUGUUUGGUCAGCCGGCCCAGCAGCCGGGUCAGCCUCAGCCCACCCAGCUUUACCAGCAGGUCACUGCCCUGUCAGCUCCCACCUUGUUGGGCGAUGAGCGUGAUUCCAUCCUAGCAAAAUGGAACCAACUACAGGCUUACUGGGGCACUGGGAAGGGCUACUAUAGCAACAACAACCCAGCUGUUGACUUUACGCAGGAGAAUCCAUUCUGCAGGUUCAAGGCGGUGGGCUAUAGCUGCAGUCCAGUAAGUAAGGACGAGGAUGGUUUUGUGGUUCUGGUUCUCAAUAAAAAGGAAGCAGAUGUGCGAGCUCUGCAGCAGCAGCUCGUCGAGUCCCUUCACAAGAUCCUGGGAAGCAACCAGUCACUCACUGUCAAUGUAGAUGGGGUCAAAGCUCUUUCCAGUGAUCAGACGGAGGUGAUCAUUUAUCUGGUGGAGCGUUCACCUAAUGGCACCUCCAAGCGGAUACCAGCCACCACCCUCUACAGUUACGUGGAGCAGGCAAACAUUAAGGUCCAGCUCACGCAGAUCGGAGUGGCCAUGUCUAUGACGCGCACAGAGCUGUCUCCGGCACAGCUCAAACAGCUGCUGCAAAAUGCUCCCGCAGGAGUGGACCCUAUAAUCUGGGAGCAGGCCAAAGUGGACAACCCAGACCCUGAGAAAUUGAUCCCAGUGCCCAUGGUGGGAUUCAAAGAGCUGCUUCGUAGGCUGCAGAUCCAGGAGCAGAUGACCAAACAGCACCAGACCAGAGUGGAUAUCAUCUCAAGUGACAUCAGCGAUCUGCAGAAGAACCAGGCGACCACAGUGGCCAAGAUCGCCCAGUACAAGAGGAAGCUGAUGGAUCUCUCCCACAGGGUGCUGCAGGUGCUGAUCAAACAGGAGAUUCAGAGGAAGAGUGGUUACGCUAUCCAAGUGGAUGAGGAGCACCUCAGGGUGCAGCUGGACACCAUUCAGUCAGAGCUCAAUGCUCCCACACAGUUCAAGGGUCGGUUGAAUGAGCUGAUGUCCCAAAUCCGCAUGCAGAAUCAUUUUGGAGCUGUGAGAUCAGAAGAGCGCUACAACGUCGAUGCCGACCUUCUCAGAGAAAUUAAACAACAUCUGAAACAGCAGCAGGAUGGUUUAAGUCAUCUGAUCAGCGUCAUCAAAGACGACUUGGAAGACAUCAAACUCAUAGAGCACGGGCUGAGCGACAGUGGACACAUGAGAGGAGGCAUGCUGAGCUGAGUCUACCUGACUGAAAAACACACACAAAUACAAACUCUGACUCAGUAUCAGUUCUCCGCAAGGUGGCAUGUCUAUCACCCAGACAAGGUGUCAUGUCCUUUAGGUCAUGGUAUUAGAUUAAUCGUCACAACAGGUCAUUAAUCUGUUUCUUUACGCACUGAAGAGCUUCAUGGAAAGACUUUACAUCAUCUAAUAAUAGCGGGCUUGCCUUGUGUUCAAUCAGAUUACAAAUAUUAGACUGAGUAAGACCAGCAUGUUAACAAAUCCUCCGUUUGAGUGUGUUGCGAUAAAUACAUUGUAAAUACAUUUGUAUUACUUUUUUUAUGCUGUUGUUGGAAUAUUAAUAAAUUUAAUUGAAACUGAAAAAAA